UUCUCGAUUUUACAAAUUCCUUCCUUUCACCAUAAAGUGUGUGCUAUGGAACAGUUAGCAGAAUGCCCUGCAGAAUCGGAUUUAGCAGGAAGAGCAAGUGUCUGUGAAGGAUGCCCUGGCCAAGCUCUAUGCCAGUCACAAGGAAGAAUUGACCCAGACCAAGAGAUGAUUGACAUAAGGAUGAAUGUAAUUAAACACAAAAUACUAGUUAUAUCAGGAAAGGGAGGAGUAGGUAAAUCAACAGUUGGAUGUAUGUUAGCUCAAGUAUUGGCCUCUCAGUCUUGCAAAGUAGGUGUAGUAGACUUGGACAUAUGUGGACCAAGUAUUCCUAAACUUCUUUCAGUAGAGGAACAGGUUGUAGUUAACACAGAAUAUGGAUGGAAAACUCUCUUAUCACCACAUAAUGGUAUAAAAGUGAUGUCUGUUGGAGCUAUGUUAAAAUCUGAUAGGGAUUCUGUUGUCUUUAGAGGACCAAGAAAAACAGGUUUAAUAAAGAGAUUUUUCAAGGACACAUUUUGGGGAAAACUUGAUUUUUUGAUAUGUGAUACUCCUCCUGGUACAAGUGAUGAACAUCUUACAGCUAUCAAAGUUUUAAAAAAUGUGAAGCCUGAUGGAGCCAUCAUAGUUACAACAUCUCAAGGUGUCUCCAUAGCAACAGUUAGGAGAGAGGUUAACUUCUGUAGGAAGAUGGGUGUGAAGAUCUUGGGAUUGGUUGUCAAUAUGAGCACAUUUGUGUGUCCUUGUUGCGAUGAAGUGACAAACAUAUUUCCAGAGGAUGAGAUAGAAAAACUUUCUGAGGAACAAAAGAUACCUAUAUUAGCCAGGAUACCUAUAGACAUGAGAGUGACAUCGUGUUGUGAAGUGGGGAGAAAUCCAGUGAUAGAACAUCCAGACUCACAAGCUAUAAAGUGCAUGGAACAACUAGUCAAAUCUUUAUAUAAUAUUAUUAAUAGAUAAUGGUAGCUUUGGUCACUCCAUCUCCUGUUGCCCGACUCACAAGCUAUAAAGUGCAUGGAAAAACUAGUCAAAUCUUUAACUGAUGUUAUAAAUAGAUAGUUGAGUUUUGAGAUCUGUUUAGAUCUCUGCUUACACUUUUAAAAAAUGAAUAAAAGUUGGCUGGUAAUUUGUCUGUUGUGAAGAUUCUUGUUGGUAUAAUAGUCUGACUGCAAAGAAGUCUUAUAUAAGUCUCUACCAAAGUGAAAUAAUCUUUGUUACAACAAUAGCACUAGUUCUUUAAGUUUCAAGGUCAUAAUCUUGAAAAGCGAAAAAGCUUAUCAAAAUGCAGUCAGCGGUUAAAAGAGUUCAAAGAAAAAAUGCUUCAAAAUAAGAACAAAAAUAAAAAAGUGGAAAUUUGGUAGAUUUGAGGCAAUGCAAAAUUAAUGAAGGUCAAGAUCUGUUUGAUAUUGGCUUCCAUCCUAUUUUAGGGCAGUUCAUGCAAAAACAAAUUUGAUUAUUGUUUACUUUCCCGCUUCCAAGUUAGUUUUUUUAUUUCUCCAUGUAACAACUAUGGUAUUAAUGGUUCUGACAUCCCUUUUAUCAAAUAAUGACUGUUGUACAGUCGAGUGUUAUCAUUUAAACUGUAAUGUAUUAAAAAUGAACAGUGUAGUAAAUCUUGUCCAAUUCCAGGAAAUUCCCUCAAUGUUGGUAUGUAUAGCACUUUCCAGAUAGUUAUUGAAGUAAUGGUUAAUUACAUCUAACAUUUCACUGACUGCAGUAAUAAACUACGUUUACAUGAAUGGUAAAAUUAUUAUAGAUUUGAAAUUUUUCCUUUUAAAUUGUAUGUUGUCUAAAAUAUUUUCAAUUUGCAAUAACAGUUUUUAUCUUAAAAAGUUUCAAUCCCUAUAGCAAGUUCAUCAGAAUAUCUUCUAUUUUAAUGUUUCAACAUGAUUUUAUUUAAGGAAUGACUGUAAUAUUUUUUCUGUUUGAAGAAAUAACAUCAAAAAUGUGGUGCACACAGAAAAACCCGCAUUUUUGUCCCCCGCGUAACGUGUUGCGGGGGACAUGGAAAUGACGGGCAUCCGUCCGUCCGGUCUUGUUAGCGCUUUCACAGGUACAAUUCUUGCCAGAUUUUUAUAAAACUUAUACUAUAGGCUAAUAUCAGCAAUAUCUCGGACAAGUUCUAUAAUGGUGGCAGAUCAACUUCUUUUAAAAAAGUUAUGCUCCUUGGAAAUAUUAAAUUUAUGGAAAAUGGCCUCGUUAGCGCUCUCACUGGUACAAAUCUUGCCAGAUUUUUAUAAAACUUAUACUAUAGGUUAAUAUCAGCAAUAUCUCGGACAAGUUCUAUAAUGGUGGCCUAUCGACUUUUUUAAAAAGAGUUAUGCCCUUGGAAAUAUUAAAUUUAUGGAAAAUGGCCUCGUUAGCACUCUCACGGGUAAAAUUCUUGCCAGAUUUUUAUAAAACUUAUACUAUAGGUUAAUAUCAGCAAUAUCUCGGACAAGAUCUAUAAUGGUGGCCGAUCAACUUCUUUUAAAAGAGUUUUGCCCCUUGGAAAUAUUAAAUUUAUGGAAAAUGGCCUCGUUAGCGCUCUCUAGUGUACAAUUCUUGCCAGAUUUUUAUAAAACUUAUACUAUAGGUUAAUAUUGAAAUAUCUCAGACAAGUUCUAUAAUAGUGGCCGAUAGACUUUUUUAAAAGAGUUAUACCCCUUGGAAAUAUAAUAUUUAUGGAAAAUGGCCUCGUUAGCGCUUUCACGGGUACAAUUCUUGCCAGAUUUUUAUAAAACUUAUACUAUAGGUUAAUAUCAGCAAUAUCUCGGACAAGUUUUAUAAUUGUGGCCGAUCGACUUUUUUAAAAGAGUUAUGCCCUUUGAAAUAUAAAAUAUGUGCAACGUGGGGGACAUUGGAACUCUGUUCUUUUAUUUAUGUUAUUUCGAAUAGACAGAAAAAAUAUUAGUCAGUCCUUAUAAUUUAAUUGUAAAUUCAAUUUUUAAUGAGUAAAUCAUGAAAAAAAAUGUUGAUGAUGUCAUGGUCACAUGACAAAAUUAUGUCUAUGAGCUGAUAGACAAAAAACUUUUAGCCAAUCAGAAGACGUGUUACAUCCCAAAUUAAAUUAUUGAUUAAUGUGAUUCCUGUUGUGAUAUAGUACGGGUAAAUGUAAAACUAAAUUUGUGUUUCAUGUGUAUUAACAUAAUUUAUAUACCGAAUUGUAAUAUUGAAACCAGGAAAAUAGAUAAGGAACUCAUAUAAGAAUAUAGAUGCUUGUUAAGAGAAAUUAACAUCCUUUAUGUACACUUUUAUUAUUUAUAUACCAUAUUAUUAAAAACAAUUAUGUUGACCAUUUGUAUAAAAUUUAUAUUGGUGCUAGACUUAUACAGCAUGUGUUGAGUAUAUAUACAAAUAUAUGUUGUUAUUUUUUUUCAAAUAAAAGAAAUGUACUGAAGAAAUCCUUGUUACUUUCUCAGUCAGUAUGAGGUUUUUCUAUCACUUGGUGUGGGCUGUUUAUAAACUUGUUAAAAAAUCUUCCAGUAAACUACUGAACCAAUUGAAAUAAAACAUCAUACUAUUCUUAAGUUAUGUAGAUUGCGGUUUGUUAAUUUUGUGCCUCUUCAUCUACAAACUUGGUCACAUGGUUAAAAAUAGAGCAAAUAUUACAUAUUUAGUGACUCUCUUUUUGUACCAAAAUUACCAAAAUUAUCAGACAAUGCCUUAUAGGAGUUAUUGCCCUGGAAUGAUGAAUGUUUGCCACUUUUAGUAUUUUGCCUAAUAACUUGAAAACUAUAAUUGAUAGACAGCCAUACAAGAUACAGAAUGUCAACAAAAUGAUCAGCAAUACAAGAUCCAAUAUUGUAGACAACAAAAAUGAUCAGCAUUCAAAACCUACAAUAAACAGAGA